GUCACCGACGCAAGUCGCAGCAGUCUGACGCAGGGACGCGGGACGGCGAGGCGACGGCGGUCUGAAUCUCCGGCAGUGCGGCGACGGAGACAACAGCAACAGGAGAGAGAGCAAAGAGAAGGCAGCAAAAAAAAAUGUUGAAAUUUCUAUUGAAGGUGAAAAUUGAGUUCAACGCGAUCGACCCGCGCAUCGCGUCAUGUAUGGAGUUCUUAGCCCAAUGCAACGCCCCAAAGGCGAAGGAGUCCAACCCGGCUUGUCAAAUCCAGGUGAAGCGCCGCACCGACGACCACCCGCCGCAGAUCACUGUCACCUUCGUCAACGGCAUCGAGCAAACAUAUGAUGCCACUUCCACCCCCGCCCAAAACAUUCGCACCAUGAUUCUCGAGAAGGGGCAGUAUCUCGAGACCGAGCAGAUGUUCCGUGAAGCUGGCGAGAAGUGGCCUGUUGUUAUUCCUGUAGAAGAGCUCAACCAACCAUUCCUUGGAAUUAAGCCACGGAAAGCAGAAGAGAAAAAGUAGUGAUUGCCAUUGCAGAUACUCUUUGCUUAGUCUUGGUCUUGGGUAACUCUGAUAGUCAAGAAGAUGACCCUUCAAAGGGGUUUAAUUCUUGAGCAUUAAGUGCUCUGGAGUGUACUAUCUUCAUUGCUUCAGAACAUUGCCAUUUCAGCAUUAAAAAAAAAACCAUACUUUUUCAUCUAGAGGUUUCUUCUUUCCUGCGUA